AUGUUUUUUAUAUAAUUCCUUUUACUAAAUGGAAUAGUUACAGAAUAAAUUGAAUAACAAGAAGUUAAGAGAUUUUCAAUAAUUCAUGGAAGAAUAUCAACAAUUUAAGUUCCAAUUUAAAAUGUAUUCAAUGUUGAAAUACAUCAUUUAAAUAAAACUUUAAAUAAUACAAAAGAAGGUGAAGAACCAUCAGUAUUAUUUGCUGAUUUCUGUUAAGCAAAGAAUCCAUAAAUUUAUUUAGAACAUAUUCAAUCAAUUAAUGUAUGUGCAGAUUAAUGUGAAAUAAUUAUUCAAAAUAAUAAAGUAAAUAUAAUGUUAAAAAAUAGAUUUAUAGUUUAUUACCUGGUUAUUUAAAAGUGUUAGAGAUGAAUGAUGAAUAAGGAUUUACAUUCUUUAGUGAAACACUAUUCUAAAUAUCAUAAAAUCUAUCAGAGAUAUUGAUUACAACUAAUAUAUAAUAAGAUAAUAAAUUAAUAAUUCUGGAUGGAGUAAACUUAUUCAUUAUAAAUAUUGACCAAAAUGAUGAAAUUAAUAAACCUAUUAAAUUAUAAACAUAAAUUGAGAUAGUUACAUAAAUAAUUUAUUAUGAUAAUUUAAUAUAUGUAUUUGGUAAUAACACUUUAGAAAUAUUUAUAAUUCAAGAUAAGCAAGUGGAUUUGAUAUAAUCAAUAAAUAUAGCUAAAUUUGAAAAUUAGAAUACGAAUAUUAUGGGAGUAAAAUUAAAAAGUGCAAAUCAUUUUAUAUGGAUUACAGAAUCAAGUUUGGGUUCUAUUUAAUUAGAUGCAUAAUUUUAGCCAAUUAAAUAUAACUCUUUUUUACGUUUUGAAGGUAAAAUAAUAGAUGUAGAAAUCUAUGAAGAUUUAACUUAUGUUAUUUAAAAAUUAAAUAAUAAACUUAAUUUAUAAUAUGUAUUAGAAUAUGAAGGAGAUAUUUUAAAAUAGAAUCUAACUCUUACUACUAAAGUACAUUAGAUAUUUUCAACAUAAAAUGUAUAAUAUAUUUUAUAUUUAGUACAUUAUUAUAUUAUAAGAGAAUUUAAUUCAAUUGGCAUUUGCUAAAAUAGAGACAUAAUAAUUGUUUAGUAAGAAUAUCUUAGAAAAUACUAAUAAGAUUUUAAGAUAUGAUUAAGGAUAAUUAAUAGUUUAAUAAUAAAAUGAAAUAGUUCAAUAUGAAAUUAAAUAAUAAUCAGCUUAAUUGGUAUGUGAACCAAAUUAAAAUUAUUCGACCGGAACAUAUAUGAUGGAAUUAAGGACUGGAUAUUUUGUUAAUGAGACUAAAGCAUAUCAUAAUUAAUUAGUAGAAAUUAAUGUUUAUUUUGAAAUAUUUGAAAAUGGUAAUGUUGGACUAUAUGUGGGUUUAACAAUUGGAUUAGCAAUGACUUUUAUGACAAUGAUUAUAUUUUGUGUAUUCUUUUACAAACUAAAAGCAAAAUAUCAAUCAGUAAGAGAAUAAUAUCAUAAAAAUUCAACUGAAUUUACUAUUGAAUGA